GUCUUUACAUACAAAUAUGUGUUCAUUUUGGUUUUGCAUUUCUUUUUUCAUCGUUUUCAAUCUGACGCAAUCAUGAGAAAAGGGUACAGACCAUUUUACAUCGAGUGAUGAUGGUCUGGGGAUAUAUAUUGGGAAAUUACGACAGGUCUUCCUUGUUUCGCAAAAAGUGGAGCCAAAUUGGUCAAAAACAAUUUUAGAGCGAUUUACGUCGCUAGCGUUCAGAGGAUAAGUAACAAAGAGCACUUGUGCAUGGCGACUCUUAUUACGUUGAGAACGCUUAUAUCGAGCUGUAGUUGCUUCAUACAUAUUCCAGGAAAAAGUAAAGAGAUUCCUAUUUUCGCACCGCAGUUAUACAUGGUCGUGGCAGGAAUUUCAAACUUAGCCGAGGCAAAGAUGAGUGACACCAGAGUGGUUUCUCAAUUUUACCGUGAUCCAAUAUGCCGUUAUUCUUCUGAAAUGAAAAUAUGGAUAAACAACCGCGGCUACAUCGAGCUGCAAUGGCCAUUCGAGGAAAGCAAGUUUUUAAAUGUCGUGCACUUUCCGAAAUCACAGAUCAAGUACGAUGUGCUGUACAACGCACUUUAUGAGAACGAACAUUUUGCAGAGGGCGGGAAUAAAUCCUGUACCACCUACGGCUGGGGAGCAAGGAGGUACAACCUAAGUAUUUCCGCAGAAACGAAAUCCUCCUCAAUUAUUGGCAAAAUGAAUGUUCAAUUUCUCUCAUACAGCAAAUGUUUGAACAGAUUUUAUGCAAAGUCGUUAAAUUCCACUUUUGAAAAUAUGAACAUGUUUUGCGCCAGUGGUGUUAGAAGGAAACAGUUACAGAAAGGGUUGUUGUGUAGUAAAGAUCAAGGAGCACCGUUGAUAUGCAAUAAUACAUUAAUCGCCAUCGGGACGCCGAUAACACGAUGCGGUUAUAAUUCUCAAUUUAGUUUCUUUCAGAAAUUAAAUAUCACACAAAUGCUCGAUUUCUCAACAUUGGAAAAAGUGAUCAUUGGAAAAGGGAGUAAACAUAAACUGUCAAUUUUACUUGUUACGUUACCAAUUUUCUUCAUCAUUUACAAGCACUUUCUUAUUUUAUAAAUUUAAAACUUGUGUUGAACAUAAAAAUACAA